UUUAUUUUUUUAAUCUCAAUUCGGACAGUCUUAGGAAAGUUAGGCACCCAAUUAGCUUAAACAACGAAAACAAGAUUAAGAGGAAAAAAAUGGGCUUUUGAUGAGAAGCUUAUAGAAAAAUCUGUGCAUAACUAUGGAAGCAAGUGGUGGGGUUACAGUGGUUGGAUCAGAUGCUCCGUCGGACUACCAUAUAGCUCCGAGGUCCGAAAAUCAGGCUCAGACAGAUGGAUCCGCUCCACCGCCGACUGCGGCGGCGCAAGUAAGUGCUCCGCCGCCGUCAACGGCGGCGACUGUGGAUGCUCCAGCUAUGCCGGCAAAGAAGAAGAGGGGUCGGCCGAGGAAGUACGGGCCUGACGGUAGCGUCACGAUAGCACUGUCUCCGAAGCCAAUAUCUUCCUCCGUGCCGCCACCUGUGAUCGACUUCUCAGCUGGGAAGCGCGGAAAAGUGAAGCCGGCGAGCUCGGUGAGCAAGACCAAGUUUGAGGUGGAGAAUAUAGGUGAAUGGGUUGCAUGCUCUGUUGGUGCCAAUUUUACGCCCCAUAUCAUCACUGUUGAUACCGGCGAGGAUGUUACAAUGAAGGUUAUAUCCUUUUCUCAGCAAGGGCCUCGAACUAUAUGCAUCCUCUCUGCUAAUGGAGUGAUAUCAAGUGUUACACUUCGCCAGCCCGAUUCUUCUGGGGGUACAUUGACAUAUGAGGGUCGUUUUGAGAUAUUAUCGUUAUCUGGAUCAUUCAUGCCAAAUGAUAGCGGAGGAACAAGGAGCAGAUCUGGUGGGAUGAGUGUUUCAUUGGCAAGUCCGGAUGGGCGUGUAGUAGGUGGUGGAGUUGCUGGUCUAUUAGUUGCUGCGAGUCCGGUGCAGGUUGUAGUAGGCAGUUUUCUGACAGGGAACCAGCAUGAGCAAAAGCACAAAAAACAGAAGCACGAUUUCGUAUCAAUUGCCGCACCAACUGCAGCUGUUCCAAUAUCUAGUGCAGAUCCCUGGACUUCUUUGGCAUCAGAUUCCAGGGAUAAGCCUACUGACAUUAACGUAUAUCUGCCUGGAGUGUAACAUAAUUGGCCUCACAUUGUUGUGCAGUAUGAGGUUAGUUACUGACCCACUUUGGCAAUCCGCUCAAUUAAGUUAAAAUCUCACUUCCCUGUGUUUAUUUGGUUUGCGAACCUAAUCCACUAUACAUUAGUGUACCAGCAUGUUGUUUUCCAUCAGGGAUUUCUCCUUUCCAUUUUAGGUAGCAUUUAUAUUAGUUAGCUGAGUGAGUGUACCAAAUGUUGCCGCUGUUUUGUCAGGGAGAUUAGUUUGAUCAUGUAAUAUGUACACCUCAACUUUCCUUUCUUGGAGUGAUUAUGGUUUGUAAUUUUAAAGUUUCUUUAGACAUUCUGAAUUAUACA